GCUCUAGUUUGACUGGAGGGUUUGACUGGUGUUGCAUUCGCAUUCUAACGCUCAUGUGGUAACAUCCAGCACUGCUGGCUGCCCCUGCACGUUGGCCUGACUCCAGGGAUUUGACGUAGACAGGACACAGACAGAGAGAAGGAGUCUUGAAGUGCAUCUAUGCUGGAAGGAGAAAAGUAAGUUUAGAAGCAGGAGGGAAAACAGAAGACGAAGCAGGUGAGAGAAGAAGAACCAGUGGUUAAGUAAGGUUGAUAAGUAAAGUGUAAACUGCAAAUCCACCACCAUGGCAGCCGUGGAAGCACUAGAAUCCUCAAGUGCCCUGCCUGAGCCUCAAACCCUCACUGAGAUCUCAGACGAUGAGAUCAACCUUCCACCUUCCGAUGAUGAAGAUGAUGCUCUUGCAGCAGCCAAGAAAGAACCAGUCGCAGCAGACGGAGAUGCUGCGGAGGAUAACGACGAGGCAGCCAAGAACGACCCCCAGAUGAACGGGGUCAUGGUGUUGACUUUGCUGGACAAGAUCAUCGGUGCAGUGGACCAGAUCCAACAGACCCAAAAUGGGCUGGAGACCAGGCAGCAGGAGAUGGAGCGUACAGUGACCAGCAUCCAGGGUGAGCUGACCAAACUGACCAAGAGCCACAGCACCACAUCCAACAGUGUCAAUAAGAUGAUGGAGAAGGUGCGCAAGGUGAGCGUCAAUGUGAAGACGGUGCGAGCCAACCUGGAGAAGCAAGGAGGCCAGAUCAAGAAGCUGGAGAACAAUGAGGCCGAGCUGCUGAAAAGACGCAACUUUAAAGUCAUGAUCUACCAGGAUGACGUGAAGGUUCCUUCCAGGCUCAACAUCUCCAAAUCUAUGAAGGUUUCAGAAUCUGUGUCAGGAAGUAGAAAAGGCAGCAUGCUGGAGCUGAAAGAAGAUGGAGAGGAACAUGCACUGGAGGAAGGAGGAGAAGGUGAGAAGGCAGAUAAACCUCACGUGGACCUCUCUUCAGAUGAGGAAGGAGUAGAUAUUGAGGAUGUCAUUGAGGAGUCACGGGCUGAACGCAUCAAGCGAAGCAGCCUACAGCGUGUCCAAACCCUGAAGACGGUUUUCUCAAAGGAGAAGAUGGACAAGACCAAGGCAAAGACAAAAGAGAACCUGGAAAGGACCAAGCAGAAAACUAAAGAUAAUAUAGAGAAAACCAAGCAGAAGACCAAGGAGAACCUGGAGAGGACCAAGCAGAAAACUAAAGAUAAUAUAGAGAAGACCAAACAGAAGACCAGGGAGAACCUGGAGAAGACACGCCACAACAUUGAGAAGAAGAUGUCAAAGCUGGGAACACGCAUGGCUGUCAACCCGGAGCAGAAGCAGAAGAUCCAGACAUCCCGUGAAAAGGUGAAGAAGGCCUUCACUCCAGACCAUGUUGUUUAUGCCCGUUCCAAAACUGCCGUGUACAAGGUGCCACCUUUCACCUUCCAUGUCAAGAAAAUCCGUGAGGGCGCCGUGGAGGUGGUGCAAGGCACCGAGAUGGUGGAAGUGUCUCAAGAUCCCGAUCCCUUCAGUGGGGUGGACGAGGCUGUGGAGGAGGCAGCUGAGGAGGUGGAGAUGGAGAUGAUGAAUGGAGGAGGAGAAGAUGACGAGGCUGAUGAGGAUGAAGAAGAGGACAGCCACAAUGUCCAUCAGGAGAAUGAAGACAGAGAUAGAGACAGUGAUUAGAUUAAGAAGAUCUUCCUUGACCACCCCACGAGUGUAUAAAACUGAUACAUGACUUCUGAGAAUCAAGAUUAUUAUUAUAAAAUAAAUAUAUUUGAUUACAAUUAGGAUCUUCUUUUUCUGGCGAUCAACCAUAUAAUUGAAUACUGUUUAAUACACAAAUAAAUGCUGAGUUUUAAACGCAUUGCAUUAGAUUUAGGAGGACCAUAACUAGGCAAAUUUUCUUAGCUACAAACAGAAAAACACAAAUAACUCUGUCACAAAUGUCACAGUGAAAGUUCUCUUAAAUAAGCUUGUGUUUAAACAUGAUAUGAAAGUCAAAAAUGCAAAAUAAAAAAGAUAUUUACAUUGGAAAAUAAUAGGAUGUAGUCUUGUAAACUACACUUGAAGAGUUUAAGGAACUUCAAUGUUUGGAAGAACAUGGUAGCGCUCUUCAGAGUACAUUUGUGUUCAUGUGGUAAAAAUUAUAGCGAAAAAGAAUAGUUAAAACGAUAAAGAUAAUAGAAUAAGACACAUGUCAAAGAUAAAGUCUUUUUCAAGGAUGUGAAUUCAGAGAGAAUUCCAUUUUUUGUUGACAUCAAGACAUGGAUCAUGGAUCACAGCCAGUGAAAAAGCAAUAUGUGAGUAAGUAUACAGUAAUCAUAUCUCUUAGACUAUUCAAAUACAGGUCCCAAAGACCAUAGAAUAUUCAAUAUAAAUGCUAAAGACCAUACAGACGUUCUUGUGCUUUGAAAUCUUGAAAUAUUAUAUAUAUACCACACAUGCAAGUACAUAUUUUUCCACCUCCUUGUUGCUUAUUUGUUUUUGUUAAUCUGUUCCAUCUGUUACCAAUUUUUAGCUGCACAUUUUUUUCUGUCAUUGCAUAGGUUUUAUUGAGCUCACACUUUAUGUAUGUGUGUGUAUAAAUCUGUAGGUAAUCACACUUUACACUAUGCUGAUGCUGCUGUCUCACUUUUUUAUAGCUUGCAGGAGGCAAUGUAAUCAUAUAAUCACCUGUCUUUCAUUGCAAUUUACUUCCAGUGUUUCCAAACAAAAACUUGCAGCAGAAUGAAGGUUUAAUAUGUCGAAAACACAACAAAAAUGUGACUCACACCCACACGUCCGUUAUAUACAGCUAUUAAUGGAUAUCAAUGGAAUUUUCCUGAACUAAAACAGGGACCAACUGUUCAAACGAGUUUGCCAAACAAGUGUGUAAUUUAGGGACCUGUCUAGUCAUGGCACAAUGGAGUUAUAUUACUGUGAUCUGACACUGACCCCUAGUGUUCAGUUAAUAAUAUCCUUUGCUCCACCGUAACAAACAGUAACAUUCUCUUUAACGUCACUCUGUAAUUUAAGUAUUUCCACGCCCUCUUCUACGCAUGUUUUUCUUUGUGGCAACCUGUAAAAUGUGUUUUGUUUUCGUUUUUCACCACAACUGGUGGCAUUUUAUGAAUGCUUUGCAACAAUGUGUUGGAGAUUUGAUCUGCUCUGACUGCAUUUUUUUCCAGCACAUUUGAGAUAAGGACAACAACUCUUCACAGAAUCAGCAGAGCAGUCUAGGAAAGAGGUGAAACUAAAGUAAAAGAGAAUAUAAUAACUCAUGGGAGAGAGGAAUAGAAUGUGAUAUAAAUAAACCACGUCACUAUAUUUGCAAUAUUUGUACUGUCAAAGUAUUUUUUCCAUUUCAGAUCAAAAGUCAGUGCUCUGCUUGUAUUACUUUUUGUAUAUAAUGUGAAUCACUGCCGAUGCUGAUCCCAGUGCAUACUGAUUUUAGUAACCAAAAUAUUCUUCCGCUCUCUGUUGCCUGAACUUUUUCAGCAUAGAGAACAACUUUUGGGCCAAAUCAUUUUGACAUUUUCCACUGUUGCCAAAUUAACAUGUGAAGCAAGGGUAAAAUGUUCUAGUUUUGUUUUACUGUUAACAUUUGUGAAGCAGAUGUUGCAUAAAGACUCCAUUCAACCAAAUGAAUUAACACUUGCAGUGUCGGUAAAGUCACAAAGAACAUGCAACUGCCCAAAUGUGAUUGUUUCCUUUUUUCUGUUUGGUCAUUAACAGAUUAUUCUCAAAUGAUUCUUAACCACUAAUGAUUUAGGUAAUAAAAACUAUUUGGUUCACAGCAA